AUGCCUUCACUUGUAAUCUGGGCAGCUGCACAAUCACAGGGGCUGAACUUAAACGCGCCGCUGAAGGGCUAUGGAUUGCUUGGGAAAGAGGCUUUAGGAAAGUCCAACUAA